UGUUUAUAUCGAUAGAUGUUCAUCUUAAUCCGACAGGCUCUGGUACAUUAUUGAAUAACACCACCUUGUAAGCCCUUGAACCGACUUCAUUUGGUUGGCAAGAUGCAGAGAGUGAGUAGUCUAGUAAGCUGUGAAUGGCUUUCCCGAAUCUUAUCACCACAAACUCAAUAUCUCAGAGUUCUGGAUGGGAAUUGGUACAUGCCAGGUAGCGGGAAGGACCCAAAAGCAGAAUUUGCCAAGAAGCACAUCCCUGGUGCAGAGCAGUUCAGCAUUGAUGAUUGCACGCUCCCACACUCUCCUUUCUCCCAUACUCUUCCAACACCAGAGUUCUUCGCUGAAUAUGUCGGGGAACGUGGCAUCUGCAACAAUACACAUGUCGUAGUCUACGACAAUCACCCACAAUACGGAAUAUUUUCAGCGGCAAGGGUUUGGUGGUUGUUUCGUGUUUUUGGACACAACGCUGUCUCAGUACUCAAUGGAGGGCUCCCUCUGUGGGAGAAGGCAGGUUAUCCUUUAUGUAGCCGCACAGCUCCCAGUGAGGUGGAGAAAAGGGAGUUCAAACCAGAGCUUCAACCAAAUUUGGUCCGAAGAUUUAGCGAUAUGACAGGCAAUCUGAAAGUUAACAAGUUUCAAGUGAUGGAUGCCAGAUCUCCAGCCCGGUUCUUUGGUCAAGUGCCUGAACCAAGAGAAGGAUUAUGCCGUGGCCAUAUGCCAGGUUCUGCUAAUGUGCCUUUCAAUACACUACUCAAUGAUGACGACUCAGAAAAAGCACGCCUGAUGAAGUCCCCAGAAGAGCUUGCCAAGAUAUUUGCAGACCGCGGCGUUGACCUCUCCCAACCUGUCACAUCGACCUGCGGGUCAGGGGUCACGGCCUGUCUCCUUGCGUUGGCUGCGUACAGAGCAGGAAAGAAUGAUGUUGCUGUGUAUGAUGGAUCAUGGGAGGAGUAUGGUCAGAAAGCAACGGAAGAUCAGAUUGUGGUAUGUAAUCCUGAAGCAAAUGCUGGUUAACAUGUUACAGAAUGUGACCUUUAGACACCUGCGUACUUGAGAUGUCUAGAAUAAAAAACAUUUUCAAACUAGGAAAAAUUCAUUUUUGUCAAAGGUUUUAUUGUUCAAAGUUAAUUUCAUUUGAUAAACCACUGUAGCAAUUGUGGGUGAUUCUUUUGCAAUGUAUGAUGGCUAUUAUUAUGUCUUGCAGUCAAAACCCCCUUUACCCCUAUCAAUUUUUGACUGGUUUGAAUUCCUGUAUUUGUCAUUUAAUCAUGGCCGCAAAUUGAAUCUUAUUACGUAUUGUAUAUUUUUUAGCAUGAAACAGACUCGGGUAAGAAUCAGUGGCUCAGUGCACACAUACUUUUUUUCUCUCAUUGAACACUGCUUGGAUAAAACUAUGUAUUGCUUGCCAUUUCUGGCAUACAAUAGCCAUUUGAAAUAAUACUGAGCUUGUCAGCAAAUGUAAAACAAGCUAGUCUCUAAAAUAUGGGAGCAAGUUGUAAGAGAGGAUGUGCUAUUUCUAUUCAAACUUUGUCUUCCAAGAACUAUUUACAAAUGGAUUGACAUCUGAUUUAAUGCAUUAGAUAUUCAUAGCUGCAAAUUAUUUAAUUAUAAGAAGGAGUGGGC